UCAGGCGGCCCAGCGUUCGCGUGCGCCAUGGUGCAGCUCCGGCCUCGUCCGUCCCGCGCGCCGGCGGCGGCUGAGGCCAUGGUGGACGAGGGCCAGCCGGCCGCGGAGGAGGCGGAGGAGGCGGAGCACGGCCUGCUGCUCGGGCAGCCCAGCAGCGGCGCGGCCGCCGAGCCGCUGGAGGACGAGGAAGCCGACGAGGAGUCGGACGACGAGGCCCCGGAGGAGCUGACGUUCGCCAGCGCCCAGGCCGAGGCGAGGGAGGAGGAGCGGCGUGUGCGGGAGCGCGCGCGCAGGGACAAGGCGCUGCUGAAGGAGAAGAGGCGGCGGCGCGAGGAGCUCUUCGUCGAGCAGAAGAAGAGGAAGCUCCUGCCGGAUGCCGUCCUCCAACAGCUGGCCGCCGCUCCGCAGACCAGCAUAAAGAAAUCGCCAGGAAAGUUAAAAGAAGUUAAUUUGCAAAAGAAAAAAGAAGAAUGUGAAAAAGGAAGCGACUCCAAGAAAGUGAAAGUGCAGAAGGUGCAGUCUGUCGGGCACCAGAAUAAAAGCUACGUGGCCCUGAGGCUCAAAGACCAAGAACUGAGAGAUUUGAGGCAGCAAGCAGCCAGGGCCUUCAUACACGAAUCUUUAUAUGGCCCGGGAACCAACAGAACUAGUGUAAACAAGUUCCUGUCUCUUGACAACAAGCGCUUACCAGUGAAGAAGGCUGCAGCCCAGUUUCUGAACAGUGCUUGGGGAACCCAGAAAAAAGAGAAUGCCAAGAGAUAUAAAAGACGAUGGAUGAUCAGAAAGAUGAAAACUCCUAAGAAGUAAAUUGAAGCCAAAUGAAGAAUCUGUGCUUCGUAUGUACAGAAUUUAAAAGUUAAUUAAGGAAUUGAUGGAAUUACCUUCUGAAAAAUAAUCAUUCAUAAAUCUAUUUGUAAGGGAAAUACUUGACCACAUUUUAUCCCGAUAGACUACAGGGCUGCCUUGUCUUAAAGGGAUCACAUUUCUUUCUAUUUCUAUCCAUUUAACUGAAUACAAGCAAUACCCAUACCGGCAACAUUGCCACCUCCUCCCCCACAGUGUGGGGGCGUGGCGGGGAGAAAAGCAGACAGUUCUCAGAAAUACUUGGGUGCCUGCUGAGAUCCCACAGAAUACUGCUUUGUAACAUUGUGAAAAGGUGCAGAUCUGAAGUGGAGAUAAGCAUCUGUUCUUCCUCGGUUGAGUAACACUUCUGAUAACCAAAGGAUCAGGUUAAUCUGCUGAACAACUUUUAAGUUUUGGCAAGAUUAUAUACCAAUUAUAAUUAUGGAAACGAGAA